AUGUCUUUCCAGAACAAAGAGUUGGUCGACGCGUACCACAGCAUUCUUGUCUCCACCGCCAACAUCCUCAGCGACCUCUCUGUCGACGCUGCCCCCUCUGGCCUCACGCCCAACUACACCUACGCUGGCGCCUCCACCUCGUUGUCCUCCAACAUCGACAAGCUCAACAGAAACAUUGUUCUUUUUCAGGAUAACUUGGAUCUUAUGUCCAGCAACCUUGAAGACACCAAGAACUUUCUCCUUAUCCAGAAGCGAAUCCAGCAACAACAGUCCAACAACAUCAAUCCCAUCAUCAACAACUUGAACAACCUCUCCUCCCAGUUGAACGACAACAACCUACGCAACGUAAUCAACAGCCACGCUCACAAGGCCGGCACAGACACCAUCCCUUCUCAAUCAAAACGUCCAUCCAUCUCGGUCCAGAACAAUCUCACUCCCAACCCCCAGGAUAUACUAAACGCCAUGAACUCCUCCUUCAAUCUCAACCAGAAACUGAACGACGCCAAUGAUCAGCUGAAUCCUUUGAUGUAUAACAAUAACAGCAACGACGACGAUAUGAUCAUCUCUUUCGAUGCUUUGACCAACAUUGAAAACAUGGUGCCCGACAAUCCAUAA